AUGGGAUGUACUAGUUCUAAUUAAACAACUGAUCAAGUUAUUUGCUAAGUUUCAAAUCCAUAAAUAAGGGAAGGUGCUAAACUAAGUAUAGGAGUCAACUUUGAUACAGAGAAUUCUGACACAAGGAUGUAUUCGAUUAAAAAAAAUCCAAUUGUGUAAAGAAGAAUUCUCAAAUCAAUAAAACCAAAAGUUUCGCUAUCAAAAUAAUAUACAAACGAAACAUAUGGAUCAUUUUAUUGA